CUUUGACUGCAUCUGCGGCAUUCUAUCCUCUUGCAAAAGUUGAUCCUUGGCCAAGCUCCCAGAUACUCACAGACUGCCUCCUGGUCAACAUCACUACACCAAAACACGCACAACUGCACCCAGCAGACAACAAAACAAUGGCAUCCUGGAAGCGCCUGAUCCGCUUCGUCGACGCCGACGGCGCAGAGCACUUUGGCGAGCCACAGAUCGACAGCGACGCCGAGCUCACCGACAAGCUGGCCGCUGGCACUCUCGAGGCCGUCAUCUACACCGGCUCCUCGCCCAAUCCCGUCGCUGCCACCGAAAACACGGGCAAGCGCGUGGCCGUCAAGGCGAUAAGCGACCUCCUCAAGGUGGACGAUGUGCCGAUCAUCAAGUGCAUUGGCCUCAACUACAUCAAGCACAUCAAGGAGGGUGGCCGGACGCCGCCGCCGUAUCCUUCUGUCUUCAUCAAGCCUUCCGACUCGAUCGCGGGGUAUGCCGAGGAUGUGCCGAUCCCCAAGGUCGCGCAGGACGGGACUGUAGACUACGAGGGCGAGCUGGCCAUCGUCAUCGGCAAGACCAGCAAGAACAUCCCCAAGGAGUCCGCACUCGACCACAUCGCCGGGUACACCGUGUGCAACGACGUCUCGGCGCGGGCGUGGCAGCGCGACCCCAAAAAGGCCGGCGGCGUGCCCCAGUGGUGCUUCAGCAAGGGGUUCGACAAGUUCGCCCCUGUGGGGCCCAUGCUCGUGUCCCCAGCGGUCGUGGGCGCCGCGGCCGACCUGCAGCUGACCACGCUGGUCAACGGCGAGGUGCGCCAGGACGAGUCGACGAGCGACCUGCUCUUUGGGGUGCCCGAGAUCGUGGCGUUUGUCAGCCAGGGCACGACGCUCAAGGCGGGCACGGUGAUUCUGACGGGCACGCCCUCGGGCGUGGCGAUGGGCAUGAAGGAGCCAAAGUAUCUGAAUGAUGGGGAUGUCGUGGAGGUGCGGAUCGCGCAGUUGGGCUGCAUCAAGAACAAGAUGGUGUUUGAAUAG